AUGAAAUGGUUUCAUUGACGGGAAAACGAAUUUCUUUCAUCAAUAACUUGCAAAGAAAAGAUGCUAAAAAAGGCGAGGAUGGAUUGUACUCGGAAAAUUUCAAGAUUGAAAAAUGAAAUGAUCCCAACUUGUGCAGCUACAGAUGAUUUCCUGCAUAAUGCCUGUUGAACAUCAUUACAUAUCUUAUACUACAAUAUCUAAUUAAACGUAUUAGGUUCUCAAUUAGUAAUUUAUAAUAGAUUAAAGAGUCUUAUAUAACCUCUUCUAUUGUCCAAAUGCAGAGUUGGAUAAUUUAGAAUGGAAGAUCCAAUGUCAUCCUGGGGAGUGCAUACUUGGUGAAGGGCACAUGGCCACCAUCCCAUUAUUCUAACCGAAUCCCAGAACUUCUACUUAUUUUAAUCCAGUCAACCAUUGAGUUAACUAGAAUAUAAUGAAAAUGAAAGUUUUAAGAACUAUUUUGCUUAAAUUUAUUUCCUAUGCAAGACUAACCCCAUUUACUUGUAGUUAGUUUGCUUAAACUUUCAAGUUCACACUCCUCUUCAUUAGCAAUCCAAGAUGCAUACACAAUUCUAUUUUCAGAAACUCAUACAUGCUUGCUCUCCAAACUAAAGGGUCAAGCAUGGAUCCCCUUGAAACCCAAGAACUAACUGAGAAGACAGUUCUCAAUGAUCCCUCCUUGCAAUCUUUACCCAUCUCAAAACAAAAUGGACAUCACCCAUCGGAUCAAACAGAAACAAAAAGUAAUAGUCUUUUGUCGAUCUUCCUGGAACCAUUUCAAUGGCUACAAAUGCUUUCUUCCCGGCUAAACCCAACCUUCAUUUUUGGGGUAGUUCUCGUUUAUGGCAUUAGCCAAGGCUUCUCUGGAUCUUUCUUCAAGGUGGUCACUGAUUAUUAUUGGAAAGACGUCCAAAAAGUCCAGCCAUCUGUGGUGCAACUAUAUAUAGGCUUAUACUACAUUCCGUGGAUCAUGAAACCAGUUUGGGGUCUCUUCACUGAUGUUUUUCCUGUUUGGGGCUACAAAAGAAGGCCGUACUUUGUAGUAGCUGGGGUUCUUGGAUGUAUAUCGGCAUUGAUGGUGGCUCUCCUGGGGAAGUUGCCGGCUGCGGUGGCGUUGAGUUGCUUGAUAGGUGUUACUGCAGGGGUUGCUAUAGCAGAUGUGACCAUUGAUGCUUGCAUUGCUAGAAAUAGCAUUGAGAUGAGAUCAUUGGCCCCAGAUAUGCAAAGUCUUUGUGGUUUUUGCUCCUCUGUUGGGGCUCUGGUCGGGUACUUGUCCAGUGGCUUUUUCGUUCAUCAUCUUGGACCUCAGAUGGCAUUGGUUCUCUUGGCAAUCCCACCUGUCUUGUUGAUAUUACUGGGCUUUGUGAUUUAUGAAGUGAGAUCUACCAGCUUCCGAUCUGAGAAGAAGAAGGCAGUGGAAGAUUUAGGAGUAGCAGUGAAGGGCAUGUGCAGGACAAUCAAAUUCAAUCAAGUUUGGAGGCCAUCUCUGUACAUGUAUCUAUCUUUAGCUCUCAGUAUAAGUACCCAUGAAGGCCAGUUCUAUUGGUACACAGAUCCUAAAGCUGGUCCUGCAUUCUCACAGGAGUUUGUUGGGAUAGUCUAUGCAAUUGGUGCAAUGGCCUCCAUAGUUGGAGUUGUAAUAUAUCAGAAGGCUUUAAAAAACUACCCAUUUAGAAACCUAAUCUUUGCUGCCCAACUUCUGUAUGGAUUGUCUGGAAUGCUGGACAUCAUCUUCAUCCUGAGAUGGAAUCUAGUCCUUGGAAUCCCAGAUUCCUUCUUUGUUAUUUCUGAGGAAUGUGUGUCUCGAAUUGUAAGCAGAGUGAGAUGGAUGCCAAUGAUUGUAUUAAGCACUCGGCUAUGCCCUCUAGGCAUUGAAGGGACCUUUUUUGCAUUGCUAAUGUGCAUUGACAGCCUUGGAAGCUUGUCUUCCAAAUGGGGGGGAGGAAUUGUUCUUCAUUUGUUAAAUGUUACAAGGACUGACUUCAGAAACUUGUGGUUAGUCAUCCUUAUAAGAAAUGUUCUGAGGCUUGGGACUCUGAGUUUAAUUUUUCUUAUCCCUAAGGCUGAUCAAAUGGAUGAUUUCAUUCCAGCUGAUAUUUUGGGGAUAAAUUUGGCUGCAAAUUCUGUAGAUGACGAUGGUGAUGAUGGCUUGCAGCUAGUACCUGUAAAUGAAAGAAAUGAUAAUGAAGAAGUCUAAGACCAGUUAAUUAUAUCUUUUAAAAUCGAGUAUUAUAGAUCAAAAAUAAACUUGCUCUGUUAUCAAAUAUUAGAAUAAAUGUUUCGACACUAUCUUUUAAGAUUGAAGGUUACAUCUCACUAGAAACACUUUAUUUUUUAUUGAAAUC